AUGACGGAAUGUGAGCAUUGUAAUUUCCUAAUAUCAUAUAUUAAAGAAUUAAUACUACAACAAAAACCAAAAAAUUAUAUAAUGAAUGAAUUUGAAACUUCUUAUAUUUUACUUCCAGAUAAAUGGAUUGAUUUUUGUAAUGGUGAUUUAAUAAUCAAACUUAUAAGAAAUUCAGAACAUCCAUCAAAAAUUUGUAAUAUGUUGGGAUUAUGUAAAAAAGUAAAUAAAUAUGAAUUUAAUAAUUUAAUAGUCAAUAAUAAUAAUAAUAAUAAUGAUUUAGAAGCAGAGAAUUCAGGAUGUACAUUUUGUAAACAUUUAACCAAAAAGGUAGAAUACUAUCUCCAACAAACAAACUCUACAGAGAAAGAGAUUAUAUCAUAUUUAGAUGAGGAAUGUGAACUCCUUGAUUCAAAAGAUUUGGUUUUAACAUGUCAAAUUUUAGUUUUACAAAAUACUCCAAUCGUUAUUGAUUUAAUUAAUAAUAGUGAAUCACCAUCAUUAAUUUGUCAAAAUAUUGAUAUUUGUCCAACUUUACCAUCUUUAUAUUUACCAGUUCAGGAAAAAUAA